AUGACGAAAUACCUGGAGAUCAACGAGGAUGCGUACACUCCAAUGCAUUUCGCUCAAAAAGUUUUUUCUUAUAUUUUAAAAGAGUUCCCGACUCAGCAAAUCUCCUUCGAUUUUCCUCAAAAAGUCAAGGGAAAUGAGGAGGAAAUCGUUCGGAUGCUAUGUGAUGAGUUGGCCGAUACCUUCCGAAUGUACGGAUCGCCGCGAGAAAUUGUGGAAAAUGUGAAAAAAUUCACGAAUUUUCCGGAAAAUUGGAGACAUUUGGGAUUGGAAGAAGACACUUAUCAAACGAAUCCAAUGAUCUACCGCAGUCUGAAAAACGAAAAGUACCUCUGCAAAUCGGAUCUUUUUCCGAUUCUCCAGAACAUGGUUUUUGGCGGUAUGAAUGAGUUCAUCAAUGUGAUGGCGAUCUUCUUGAAAAGUCAAGAACCCAGUGAUUGUAUGGAAUUCGUGCGAUUCGAUGAGAAAGUUCUCGAAGAAAUUGCUGCGGAACUUAGUGCAGAAAGUUGGCAGAAGCAAGUAAAUAUCAGUCCAAUGGAACUUCAAGAAAUGUCGGCGCUGAGUCUUGAGGAAUACUUUGAAAAAACCGAAAAAAUGAUUGGUGGAGAAUGGAAUCCGAAAAAAAGUCUCCGUGUGCAAAUGGACUUUCGAAGAAUGCGUAUGUUAUCUCCGGAAGUACCGAUACUCUUUGUCAUGACUCUGACUUACCACAUGCAGUGUAGCGGAAUCGAACCUCUGCGUAAAAUUAUUAAGAAGCACCCGGAGUGGUUUCUACCGUAUUCUGAAACCGGAAUCAAUAAUAUUCCAACAGUGAGACUAUUGGAGGAUGGAGAUCAGAGAUUCGUGCUGAAGGCGGAGCUUUCGAAUGCGAUUGGUGUGCGCUUGGAUUCUGAAGACGAUGGGAAUCUGUUGUUUACUGUGGGAUUGGAGGAAGUGCUUCGAAAAUAUGGAACAAAGAAAAUUGAGUUCAUUCGCUACCCGAUCGUCAGAACUAAGCACCGAGCUGUCCCCAUCAAAGGACCGACUCCAUCAAAAGAAUUCUUCAUUCUCACCGUCGACGCGUUCUUCGAAUUCUUCAGAAGCCUUACUAUCGGACUCAAGAUGUUUCAAAACACCGAUUUCAGCAGAUUUUUGUUGGCAUUUCACGAGUUGGAAAAGUAUUUUAAGCCAGAUUGUAAGACACCAUAUUUCAUCCGAACUGAUUCUAUCGAUUCAAUGAAGAAAAUUGUCGAAACGUUUAGAGGUGAAGCGAAAGGAGAGAAGAGUGUCCGAAAUGCGAAACCAGAUGGAUUCACUAUCCAGGAUCUGAAAAAUGAGCUGAAACACUUGGAGCUCGUUGAAACAUUCCCUGAAAUCAAGGAACAUGCGGAAGUGAUUUAUGAGCAUGUGAAUAGAGUGAAGAACGAGAAAUAUCUGAGAACUUGUGAUCUAUUCGAUGCGAUUGAGUACUGUCAGUUGAUUUGUAUUCUCAAUAGACUUCCGAAUCUCCAAAUGUUUCUUCACAAUCAAAACGGAUGUGGAAGAGUUAUCGGGUAUAAGUGUGAGCGAUGUGAGAAGAAGGAGACAUCAGAUGUCAAGAAUUCAACAAAGAAUCUGAAGAGCGAAAGCUCAAAUGAAUCGGUUUUGAAUCAAUACUCACAAAUGGCUCUUUUUGCUCCAAAAAACUGCGAAAAGUGCUCAGAAUCUUCAAAAACUCUCGAGGAGACUGAAAGUGAGCUGAAAAUAAGUCAAGAUCAAGAGAAGAAGAUGCAACAGAAGAUCACGAAUAGAGAGAAGGAGCUGAGUGAUUUGAAGAAAGAAUACGAGAUUUUUUUGAAGUCUGAAGCCAAGAAAACGGAAGAAUUGGCUGAAAUGAAGGAGGAAUUGAAUAGUGAGAAGGAGAAGAAUCAGAAGAAAGAAGAGGAGAUUCUGAAGACGUCUCAAGAAAAUGAGGAACUCCAGAAGACAAUUCUCAAGUUGACGGCUGAAAAUGAGGCGAAUGAGAGAGUGAUUCAGAAGUUACUCGAUAGAAUCACCAAUUUAUCGAUUAGUAACCAGAAAACUGAUAAAAUCGAUGGAAAAACUAUCGAAGGCUCGACUGCAACUGCCUCUAUCACCUCUAAAACUGCUCCUCUCGUUGUCGAUUGUCUCAUUUGUUCCAGUCAAAUCAAAUCAGGAGAAGAGGUCAUCAGAUGUCCAUUGUGCAAACGCAGAUUCCAUUCAAAUUGUGCAUUCAAAUGGCUCAAAGACCACACUCAAUGCCCGGCGUGCAAUGGAGAUCUUCCGGGAAUUUAA